AUGGCUGCUGUACCUCAGGCUAUGGAAAUGCCCGAUAUGUCUAAUGCCAUUGUGGCCCAAGACGAAAUGGGUAGACCAUUUAUCAUCGUUAGAGACCAAGGUAAUAAGAAGAGACAACACGGAUUGGAAGCUAAGAAGUCUCACAUCUUAGCUGCUAGAUCAGUUUCAUCUAUCAUAAAGUCCUCAUUAGGUCCAAGAGGUUUAGAUAAGAUCUUGAUUUCACCUGAUGGUGAAAUUACCAUUACAAAUGAUGGUGCAACUAUUCUUUCGCAGAUGGAAUUGGACAACGAAAUUGCCAAACUUUUGGUUCAGUUGUCCAAGUCUCAAGACGAUGAAAUCGGUGAUGGUACCACCGGUGUUGUGGUCUUGGCAAGUGCAUUGUUAGAUCAAGCGCUUGAACUUAUUGAAAAAGGUAUUCAUCCUAUAAAGAUUGCUAAUGGAUUUGAAGAAGCUGCUAAAUUGGCAGUACAAGAGUUAGAAGCUAAGUCGGAUGACGUGAUCAAAGAGCAAAAAUUGUUCAAGGAUUAUCUUUUUGAAGCUGCCAAGACCUCGCUUGGCUCUAAAAUCGUCUCUAAGGAUUUGGAUAGAUUUGCUCAGAUUGCAGUUAAUGCGGUUACUAGUGUUAUGGAUGAAGACAGAAAGGAUGUUGAUUUCGAAUUAAUUAAAUUAGAGGGACGUGUUGGUGGAUCACUAAAGGAUUCUAAAUUGAUCAACGGUGUGAUACUGGAUAAAGAUUUUUCUCAUCCACAAAUGCCUAAAGUUGUUUUACCAAGAGAAGGUGAAGACGGCGUUAAAUUGGCGAUCCUAACUUGUCCAUUUGAACCACCAAAACCUAAGACCAAGCAUAAACUAGAUAUUUCAUCCGUUGAAGAAUACCAAAAAUUACAAGAUUACGAACAGCAGAAAUUCAAAGAAAUGAUAGACCAUGUGAAGAAGGCAGGUGCAGAUGUUGUUAUUUGUCAAUGGGGGUUCGACGAUGAAGCUAAUCAUUUACUUUUACAGAACAACUUACCUGCAGUUAGAUGGGUUGGUGGUCAAGAAUUAGAACAAAUCGCUAUUGCCACCCAUGGUAGAAUUGUCCCUAGAUUCCAAGAUCUAUCAGCAGAUAAAUUAGGAACCUGUAGUAAGAUCUACGAAAUGGAAUUUGGUACUACAAAGGAUAGAAUGCUUGUUGUGGAGAAAUGCAAGGAUGCGAAGACCGUUACUUGUUUCAUCCGUGGGUCUAAUAAAAUGAUUGUUGAUGAAGCUAAGCGUGCUCUUCAUGAUGCCUUAUGUGUGGUACGUAAUUUGGUUAAAGACUCUCGUGUCGUUUACGGUGGUGGUGCUGCUGAGGUUUCCAUGUCUCUAUCUGUAUCGGAGGAAGCUGAUAAACAACGUGGAAUUGACCAAUAUGCCUUCCGUGCAUUUGCUCAAGCAUUGGACACUGUGCCCAUGGUUUUAGCUGAAAACUCAGGGUUGGAUCCUAUAGAAACUUUGACCACAUUAAAGAGUAAGCAACUCAAAGAACAAACUUCAAUAAUUGGUGUGGACUGUUUAGGUAAAGGCACUAACGAUAUGAGAGAAUUGUUUGUUGUUGACCCUUUUAUUGGUAAGAAGCAGCAAAUUCUAUUAGCAUCUCAACUUUGCAGAAUGAUCCUAAAGAUCGAUAACGUCAUCAUUAGCGGCAAAGACGAAUAUUAG